ACAGACUGUUGAGCUAAAAGUCAGGAUGUGCUGCAGUGGUUGUGAACGAGUGGUUAAAGAUGCGAUCUACAAACUUAGAGGGGUUGACUCGGUCGAGGUGAAUUUGGAGCUAGAGAAAGUGACGGUGAUUGGGUAUGUCGAUCGGAACAAGGUGUUGAAGGUGGUUCGAAGGGCGGGGAAGAGGGCGGAGUUUUGGCCUUACCCAGAGCCACCGCUAUACUUCACAUCAGCGACUGACUACUUUAAAGAUACAACUCGUGAGUUUAAAGAGAGCUAUAACUAUUACAAGCAUGGCUAUAAUGUCGGAGAGAAGCACGGAGCGAUGCCAAUGUCUCUUCGGGGCGAUGACAAAGUGAGCAACAUGUUCAAUGAUGACAAUGUGGAUGCUUGUCAUGUCAUGUAAUGUAAAUAUAGGGUUGAUGAUCUUGUCUUGUUGGUUCUAAGUCAGCUGCACAGUGUGUGUAGAAUGCAGUUUAAUUGUUCCUUUCUAUUCCCUUAUAUUUGUAAGCAAUAUUAUAAGCAAGUUUGUGUGUUA